GAUCCAUAAAUUGAUCAUCUCCUUCUCUCAAAACCAACAAUACAAUUGAUUUCCUCUCAAGAUGUCUUCAAAUAAACCACAUUACGAGGCAGAUCCUGAUGAAAUAUUGAAAAGAGAUAGCCAAAGGUGGACAUUUAAACCGAGGGGCUUCAACAUCAUAUGGGGCCUUGACCAACGCUACUGGAACUUGCCUGCGGAAGGCACGACAGAUCCAGCAGAGCUAGUUCAAGUGUGUUGGCUUGAACUAACUGGUACAACGAAGGACUCUCUACCAGAAGGGAAGUACGAAAUUAAAUUCAAACUAGAGGUGAAACCAGGUGCAUUUGGUUUGAGUAAUAGUCCUAUUUUCAUGAUGGCUAAGGUAGGGAAGAGGGGAAGAUACAAAUGGAACAAAAUCAAACUACAAGAGAAAAACUCAGACAACAGGACUGUUACCGAAGAACCCACGUUUCAGAUUGAUGUUAAAGGAACUACAGAUGAUAACAAGCUCUAUUUUGGUUUGUAUGAAGUUUGGACUGGGAAAUGGAAGGGAGGUUUGCUAAUUCACGGGGCCACAGUUGAUCCAGUGAGACCUUGAGCUUUUGUUCAAAUUAACCACAUACACAAUCCUGUUUAAGAUGCAACAUAAUAAUGGAAUUAACUGUCUUGUUUUACCAAGCUCUACCCCGUUCAUGGGGUGUGUCUUCAAGAUUUAUGUACUCUAUUUUGUUCUUCUAUCAAAUAAAUGAAUGCUUUGUUUUGUUCCAUCUUCAACUAAA